GUUUAAAAGUAUUUAAUAGGUUUCCUGCAUUUACAAGUGGGGUCAUAGUCAAAGUCAUGGUAAGGGUCCUGGUGCCCACAGUGUCUAUGGUGUGAAGUCCCCCUCUACUGGUGGAAUCUCUAACAUUUGCAUGUUUUGCUUGUUAGCAAGCAUGGAAAGAAUUUUUGGCAAUUGUUAAAAGAAACUUCAAAGAUGCGUUUUGGGAUUCAACCAACACAAACUUAAUUUAGGUUGAAGUUUGUGCUAUGAUUUUGCUGGCUUUUUAUUUUGCACACCAUUUUUUUCUUUAAGCUAAUAAAUCUUUGAUUCUCUAACAAAGCCACUUUUCCGAGGCCAGCACCAGUUUGUAAUGGAUUACUCAUGUUUCAGCUGCAAAGAACUAUAGCUGUUUGUAGUGUCACACAAAAGAUGAAAUGAUGCUGGUUUGGGAUUACAUGAUCACAAAGCUUGUGAUGUAAUGGAAAUAGGUAUAGUACCGAAGCACUUAGCAAGUGAUAAAAUAAAUGAACUAAAACAUAGAAGUUUGGUAUAAAUGAAAAAGACCCAGAUCAACACUUAGAGUUAUGUUUUUAUGAGCUUGGACUAAUUUUGGUUUAUUUGGGACACAGUGGAUUUGUUUCUUAACUGUACCCUUUUCAUUUGUCUGCUAUGAAUGUAAAUGUCAUUAUUAUAGUAACUAACUUGUUUUGUCUUCCAACAUCCAGUGUUUAUGUAUUUGUCGUUAUCUUUAAUGUUGAUGUUUCAGUAAUUUCUGAGUUUGUCUUCAUGAUAGUCUGUCCUUGUUACGGUUGCUAUUAUAUGUUUUUACAAAUGUUCCAAUGUUUGCCUGCAAUGUGGUCUCUCACUGCUGUGAUGAUAAAUUGAUCUUUUUUGUCCUACAACAGAUGUUCCAAGAAUAUCUUUUUGUCCGUCUUCAUCCCGUUCUGUUCUCUGUUUUGUCUUGAAACAUAUGUUUCUGUGACAUUUUUGCUUGUAUGCUUUCUGUUUUCCCACUGCUGCAGUGAAUACUUUAUCUAUUCUAUUCUAUCGCAAAUGUUCAAAGGAUUUUGAAAUAUGUCAGUCUUUAUCCUUUUCUGUCGUUGCUACUUUCUGUGAUUUUGUAUUGCUCUGAUCUCUGCAUGGUCUCAAACAAUGGUGAGAAAUUUAGCUAUGAGGUUUGUUUAACAUUUGUUUUUCUUCAUUGUAACACCUUAAGACAAUGUCUGCCAGCCAAGAACCACUUAUUUGUCAGGAUCCCUGUCCUCUUUUCUGUGUGUCUGUCCUGCAUGAACUGGGUGGAGUCCCACCUCCCAUUUACUUGCUGCCAGUUUCAUCAUCAGGGUUCCACAGUAUAAAAUCCUCCUCAUUUUCCCACUAUCUGCCAAAUUGUCAGUUGACCUCUCAAGGCUAUGCCUGCCGCUCUCAGCUCAGCUCUCAAAAAAUUGUGAUUCACUAGAAUAUUGUCUAGAGCCUGCCAGCUCUUUACAACAUUUACAUUAUUCAUACUUUUCCCAUUUCGUUAUAUAUAUAUAUGUUUUACAGUUAACUGCUAAAGAAAAUGCAGUGGCACUGAACCAAUUUACUAAACCCUAAAUUCACCAACUUUUAAUAGAUAUUUAAUUUGUUUAAAAUUAUUUACCAGCGAUGAAGGCUGAGGAUAACAUUUAUUUUUAUUCUUGAAUGUGAUUACAAAGCAUUCACUUUACAGGCUUGCCAAGUUUUUUUCAAACCAGGCAACAUGAACAGUCGACAAUUUUUGUUACUUUUUAAAAGUAAAAAUACGGAUAAAAAAUAAUUCAGCAGCUUUUUGUAAAUUACACACAAAUGGAUUUAAGUGUGUGUUGCACGGGCCUAUUUUUGGAGUCAAAUUUUAAAAAUAACCUAGAUUAUUUUGCACUCUGCUUAUAAACAUUCAUCAUUUUUAUUUUUCUCCACCUUUAUUUUGAGUUAGUUGAUGUCUUCUUUUAAGCCUGUGUCUGUGAUCUUUAGUUGUUGAGCCACGUAAAGUUUUUGAUUGUUAAACAGAAUCUGUUCCCGAAACUCAUGUAUUUUUCCUAUUUUGUCAUCUUACAAAAUAUUGACAUAAAUGACAUUGCCCCAACUUUUAGUUUUUUUUUCAUCAAGAACUGUACAUUUCACUUAAAAAAUAUAUAAAUUUAUGGUUUGAUAAUAUAUUAAAAUUGUUUAGCAUAUGUUCACAGUCCCCAAGGUUAAAGCUACAAAGUAUAUAAUAUAGUGGCCACCUUGUGGUAAAACAUAUUUAUUUCCUCUCAUCCAGCUUAACAGUCACGGCAGGGCUGAAAUGGACAUGCAACAUUUGAAAGAGAGAUAGAAAGAAAGAGAGAGGGGGAAAACAGUACAUCCCAAUGGCUUAUGACCUUUUCGGAAGUGUUUUUCUGUGAUAAUAAAUAGAGACGUCUCUGCGCAGCCUAUCGGAUUCCGGGAUGCAAUACGCAUCCAAAUGAAACGAACGCCAGUCGUUUCGCUAAUCCUUUUCUAUCCUUUUUAUCUCGGGACUCAUAGCAGUCUGAUCACUAUGGGACACCGAAGCGGUGGUAUAAAGCCAUGCAGAUGACAGUUCUGUAAAUAAGAGAAGAAAAAGUCAGUUUGACUUCAGUGGUGCAAACUGGGCGCAUGUAGGCAAGACUGCGUGAGCAUAAAAUUGCGCCAAAAUGUUGCCCCUGCUGCUCCUUGUGCUCUGCAUGGUCACAGGGGAACUAAUCUUUCCAGUGAGCUCCUGCCCUUCACAGUGCAGCUGUUUUUACCACAAUUUGAGUGAUGGAUCAAAAGCCAGAAGUGUGAUAUGCAAUGAUCCUGAGAUAUCCACUGUGCCAAACGGAUUUCCCGUUGACACAUCCAAGCUGCGAAUUGAGAAGACAUCCAUUAAGAUGAUACCAAGCGAAGCCUUCAACUACCUCUCCAGCCUGGAAUUCCUGUGGAUGUCCUUCAACACUCUAUCCACCUUGAAUCCAGACAGUUUCCAGGGACUGUACAACCUGGAAGAGCUCCGUCUGGAUGGGAAUGACCUCACCGCCUUUCCGUGGGAAUCUCUCAUGGACACCCCCAGCCUGAGACUUCUCGAUUUGCACAACAACCAGCUCACCUUGCUGCCCGCAGAAGCGACCACGUACAUCAAAAACCUCACCUACCUGGAUCUGUCCAGCAAUAGUUUGCUGACCCUUUCAGCAGAGGUGCUGUCAACGUGGCUGGCCGCAAAGCCCACACAAGGUCCUGAGAGCUCCAAGAUGAUCCUUGGUCUCCAUGACAACCCCUGGGUAUGUGACUGUCGGCUGCAUGACCUGGUCCAAUUUCAGAAGUCGCCCACUCUUUCAGUGGCAUUCAUUGACACAAGACUCCGUUGUUCCGCCCCGGAGAGCCUGUCAGGGGUGCUUUUCAGCGAUGCCGAGUUACGUCAAUGUCAGCUCCCACGCGUCCACACAGCUGUAGCACGAGUCCGCAGCCCCGUUGGAAACAAUGUGCUGCUUCGCUGUGGCACCAUUGGCGUUCCCAUUCCAGAUUUGACAUGGCGCAGAGCAGAUGGGCAGAUCCUUAAUGGAACAGUCCUGCAGGAAACAUCUAAGGAGGGAAUCACCUGGUCCAUCCUCAGUGUCCCAGCUGUGUCCUUUCGUGAUUCAGGGAAAUUCAUCUGCACAGCCUCUAACUAUGCAGGGAAUGCUGAGGCUAUAAUUUCUCUUGUUGUCUCUAACUCAUCAAAACUGGAAGGGAAUCAAACCAUCAAUGACAAGAAGGCUAAGGCCAAGAAACCUAACCAAAUGGGCAAAGCUGCUUAUCAGGAAAAACUAGUAGCCAGAUAUGUAGCUCAGACUUCUUCCACCUCAUCUUUGUCCACCGCUGAUCCUGGCCUUUCACUUGGUCUUGGACCUGACCAGGGACCAGCCAAUUAUAGUCUGACUGACAGGGCCACCCAAGGGGCUGCCACUUCCUCCAACCCAGACGCUCUUCUGGAUUUAGAAAAGACAAAUCUGAGCAACCUGGCUGCCAACACUUCAUCGCUUCAGCAGGACCCCGAUAGACUUGUUCGCUCUGUGAAGGUGGUGGGGGACACUGACAACACAAUCUCCCUGAACUGGAGAGCCCCGAAAGCAAAGAACACAACAUCAUUUAUUGUGUUAUAUGCAGUGUUUGGAGAAAGGGACAUGAGGAAGAUAAACGUUGGAGCAGGGCAAACCCGUGUGACUAUAGAUGGGUUGGUACCCAGGACCAAGUACAUCGCCUGUGUGUGCGUGAAGGGGCUGAUUCCCAAGAAGGAGCAGUGUGUCAUUUUCUCCACCGAUGAAGCAGCGAGUGCUACAGGCACCCAGAAGCUGAUUAAUGUUAUUGUCAUCACUGUGGCUUGUGUCAUUGCAGUCCCACUCACUGUUAUUGUGUGCUGUGGGGCCCUGAAGAGACGCAUUCAAAAGUACUGGGGCAAGAAAUCAAAGGACAUUCAAGAUUCAUAUGUGACUUUUGAAACACUGUCACCUACUACUAAAGCUAAAGGGCUAGAAGGGGAGUAUCUGAACAGACUGAACCCAGAAGAGUCCAACAGGCUGCUGUCGGCCCGCUCCAGCCUGGACUCUGAGGCCACAGCUAAAAUAGAGGGACAGCCUAAUGAGUACUUCUGCUGACGUCAUGCUCCAGCUCCGGCUCCCGCACCACGCCAUGUUCCUCGGACUCACCACCAUCAACGCCGUGCUUCAAACCCCAACGCCCAUCAACGCUGUGCUUCAAACCCCAACACCUAUUAUCACCGUUGUCCACAAGUCCACUUCCACCCACAUCCAUACCCGCACCACCGCCCCUACCCCUACCCUACGACGCAUCCUGACGUCAGUCCCCCUCCCACACGCACUCAAUCCCCCACUCAAUGGGAUUCCCCACCACCCGUCCCUCCCCGCUGGAUAAUGCCACCAACUCCACCUCCACAGAGAGCCAACUUCUAUCAAAGGGCUUUUGCACGCUGCACUAUAAUGGAAAUAUCAGUUUAAGAGAAUUAUUGUGCUUUUUCUCACAGGGAGAACACCACUGUAAUAUUGCACAUUUAUCUGAACAAUUGCUGUCUUGUGUAAAAGAACGUGUUUUCACUCAGCCUGUAAGAAAAAAAAAAGGACAUGGCACAGUUGGAGUUUUAAUUUCAUCUCUCUUGAAUGACCCAGCGAAGAAACCCCUUCAACCUAAUCUGAUUUAAAGGGAACUCAGUGGUAGACACUCCUUUGUUUAUAUCUCAUAUGUACGAUUUGUAAAUAUUUAUCGGAUAAUGUACACUUACACACACAGUUAAUCCUGUGCCUCUGUAUGUAUCUGUCAUAUGUUCACAGAGAAGAUAUACACACAGGCAUGGUUCAACACUGGUGAAUGGAGACAAGCUGGAGCUGGAGAGACGUACACAAAAGAACUGAACUAUGACACCAUGUAAAUAAAGAAGAAAUUAUGCUAAAUGAUUUUUAUUCCCAGAGAUGAGAAAUAUACUUUAAUACUGUACCCAUAUCAAGCCAGUUUGGGGAAUAUUAACCCAUGUAUUAUGUAGAUCUAUUUAUUUUAGUCACACUACAUAUUGGAAUCUCUUUAAAUAAACUUUUAUACUAAUUUA